AUGGUUCUUCAAACGCUGAGGGAGCAUCAGUUGUAUGCUAAGUUCUGUAAGUGUGAGUUAUGGCUAAAGAGUAUAUCCUUUUUCGGACACGUAGUGUCAGAGAAUGAAAUAGAAGUAGAUCCCAAGAAGGUUAAAGUUGUGGUAGAUUGGCUGAAGCCAACUAAAGUGACUGAGAUCAAGAGUUUUGUAGGUUUAGCUAGCUACCAUAAGAGAUUUAUACCUAAUUUCUCUAAGAUAAUUACUCCAAUGACUAGGUUAACUCAGAAGAAUAAGAAGUUUAAAUGGAGUGAUCUAUGUGAGGAGAGCUUACAGAAGCUUAAGGAAUGUCUCAUUUCAGCACCAGUGCUAGCUUUGCCUAUGGGCAAUGAAGAUUUCAAAGUUUAUUACAAUGCCUUCAGAGUGGGUUUGGGAUGUGUUCUUAUGUAG